AAAAAAAAAACAAAAAUAGGAAAAAUAAAGGAGGACGCUUCCCACACCCGCCGAAAGAAAAAAUCAAAGGGUAACGUACCAGCACCAGGCACUGCGCACCAGGGCAUGGGAGUAACGGAGCAAACAGGGCAAAGAGGCGGCAGAUGGGCAGACAGCCAGACGUACAAAAACAAAGGCAACAGCAAAGCGAGAUCAAGGUACCCAACACAGCAGAGUAGGCAGGGAGGUCAUGAAAAAAAGAAACACAGCACAGAGGCCGAAGGCAAUAAAAAGGACAUACAUAAAGGAGUAUAGCAUACGGCAGGGAGGGAAACAGGGCGCAACAACAUCAGCCGGGUACAUAGUUCGCCACAAGCGCUGCCUCGGCCGCCCUACUCGCUUCUACAG